AUGUUACUGAGCUCUACAAUCAUAAAACGAAUCAAAGAGGAAAACAUUAAAGAUGCCCUGUUCAUUGCCGCUAAGAAGGGUCACCUGGAAACGAUUAUUGAAAUUUUAACUGUCGACAGGUCGCUGGUCGAAGCUACAGACGAUUCAGCGAACACUCCUGUUCUGAUAGCGGCCGAUAACGACAGAGUUGAUGCAGUGAGGUUAUUAAUUGAGCAGUACUCAGCCGAUAUCACCGUUAAAAACAAUAAACUCCAAACGAUAUAUGACCUUGCUAUGAGGCAAUCUACAUCGGAAGUUCUACAGUUGUUGAUGCAACAUGACAAGUCUGACAUGAUCGUAGAGAACCAAGAUGGAGAAAUCCCACUUCAAUCUGCAGUGAAAUAUGGGACCAUUUCGGAAGUACAAGCUUUAAUUAAUACAUUUUACAAAUCUAAAAAGGUCAACAUUGACCUUAAAGACGAGCUUGGGCAAUCUGCACUCUUCAUGAGUGCUGAAAAGGGCAAUGCAGAAAUAUUUGAGCUGUUGAUUUUAAACGGAGCCAACAUGACUUUAAGAAAUAAU